AUGAGGUUUCAAAAGAAGGAGAAGUUGAGCCUAAAUUUUAUAGGACCUUAUGAGGUCACGGAGAAGGUAGGAAAGGUCGCUUACAGACUAGCAUUACCCGAUGAGCUGGGUAAGGUCCAUGACGUGUUUCACAUUUCGCAGCUGAAGCGAUAUGUUCCUAAUAAAUCUCAUGUGCUAGAUCCCAAUACCUUAGACCUUCAUGAGAGUUUAUCUUAUGAAGAGAAGCCUAUCAAGAUCUUAGAUUCUAAGGUGCAUAGUGCGAGGAGAAAAGAUAUAAAGAUGGUGAAAUUUCUAUGGUCUAACAAACGCACACAGGAGGCAACGUGA